AUGCUCUACCAACGCUUCGCCCAAUCCGUGCGUGGCAAGAACGGUCGAGCAGUUUGGAAAACGCCAGGCUUUCAGUAUGGCGGUGGUGUGGUUGUUGUGGGUGGUACGAUGUAUUAUGUGUCGCAUCUUGAAAAGGUGGAGUUGACGGGACGUCGACGAUUCAUGAAUGUCUCUGCACGAACGGAAACGGCUGCUGCUGAGGAAACAUAUCAAGCCAUCUUACAACAAUAUGGCAACAAAAUGCUACCAGCAUCGCAUCCGCAUGCCAAGACUGUCAUAACGGUUGCGAAACGAUUGAUUCAAGUGAGUGGCUUGAAAGGACUUGAUUGGGAAGUGCAUGUCAUUGAUUCACCAGAAGCAAAUGCAUUUGUCAUUCCAGGUGGUAAGAUUUUCGUCUUUUCUGGAUUAUUACCCGUUGCCAAAACUCCCGAUGGUCUCGCUAGUGUCUUGGGUCAUGAGAUUGGACAUCAAGUUGCUCGGCAUACCGCUGAGCAAAUGUCCAUGAACCCCAUUUCACAAGUCUUGACGCUUGGUUUGACGCUUGUUCUUGCACAAGUUACAGGAUCCGGUGAUUUGGCCAUGGGACUCGGUCGUGGCAUCACAACACUUGCCUUGGAUAACCCCUAUUCCAGACACAUGGAGACAGAAGCCGAUUAUAUCGGCUUGCGGCUGAUGGCUCAAGCGUGUUAUAAUCCAGAAGAAGCGAAAGCCGUUUGGAUGCGUAUGGAAGCAGCUGCUCAGGGACAAGUUCCACAAUUCCUGAGUACCCAUCCCUCCAACAAGUCAAGAAUUGCGUAUAUCGAAAGUAAGAUGGCAGAAGCAAAAGAGAUUCGUGCAUCUAGCAAUUGUCGCGCAUCCGUCGAUAGCUUCGAUAGCGGAAUGCGAGAACUUCAAAAAAAGCAAGGCUAUGCCAAGUUUUGA